AUGGACGUUGAAAGUACUAGCAGGGCAUCAAGAUCCAAUAAACGAAAAACCUUUAAAAUGGACUGGGAAAUUGCUGAAAAUGACGAAUGGAAUCAGUAUUUUCAAAAUGCCUUACAAGUUGAUUCUAGGCUGGAUUAUAAGGAAAAUAGUACUUGCUAUAAUUACUCAGAAAAUGGCAUCGAAUUCGAAGUAACCGAACAAGAAAGACAACGUUACAUUUCAUUUUUAUCUAAAAUACCAGAACUCUACACAAAAUUACAAUGCUGGCCAAAUAAUGACCAAAAACUUACAGCACUAUCAAUAGCUGCAUACGUAUCGCAAAACGAAAAAAUAUUUGUACAAUUAAACUCUAGCGGUACUUAUAAAGCUUUAGUGCAGAUGGCCGAAACAGCAAAAAGUACUACAAGUAGUACCGUAAAGGUCAGAUACAUGGACAUGCUUUGCUCAGUAUUUGAACAUGAUGCUGGCCUCAGAUGGUCUUUGGAAAAUAAAUAUUGGAUGGAGAUUUACGAUUUGGUUGUUCAGUGUCAGAGGAAUGGUUGUGAAUUGGCUGAGAAAAUGUAUACUCUUUUAACGAAAUUCCUUCAAAACACCACAAGAAAAGCCCCAAAAGUUUGCGUCUACGUCAUCAAACAAAUGACUCAUACCUUAAUAAGCAUAGCUCACAAAAAUUACACAAAAACCAAGAAGCAACCCUCAGACCUUUUACUACCAAAUGAAUACAAAACUCUAUCAGCAACUCUACCAUGCUUGGUCGAAAUCUUGGAGCGACUUUUAGCAUCUCAAACCGCUGAAACUCUAAAAUAUUUUACCAAGUUACAAGUGCGUGAAGCCUGCGAUACUUUAGCAAUUCUGUCUGGAGAUGGUGAUUUUUCGUUGCAACUGAACAGGAUUAUGGUGAUAUUGUCGUUUUUUGAAAUGACCGAAUUGUUUGAUGGGAUUAAGGUUGUUAAACAUGAUCCGAUAGCUUUGAGUGGAUUUCUGAGGAUUGUCGAUAGGGAAUUGAAAAAGGAGCAUUUGGAGGCGAUUUUCGAGCUGUAUUACUACGCCCAAAAAUACUGGAAAAACGUAUCGAGCAAAAUGCCUCAGUAUUUCCUGAAAGGCAAACCUGUCGAUAUCGAAGACGAGCUUAUGUCGUUCCAAGUCGAACCUUUGGUAAUAAUCGGCGAAAAAAUACUUGGAGUGCCUCAAACUAGCGAAGAAGAACUAAGAAAAUGCUAUUUAUCAGAUUUGUUGAAUAUUUAUAGCGCAGAUUGCCUGCAAUUAGGCUACGAAAUACGCAAAUUACUAAACAAAGUACCACUAAAAUGCGAAAUUACUGCACUGAAAUGCCUCAUCAAAUCUAAGCCGCUGUAUAGUCGACAAAAUUUGGCUUUAGUGUUUCAAUCUUUGACCUAUUCUCUUCGAGAUUUUAUUAAAUAUGUUAAAAGAAAUCCAGAAUUAGGACAAUUGGAAGGUGAUCAAUCUUUAGCUGAAGCUCUAUUGGAUGCAAUUCUUGUAUAUUUGGAAAAUUUCGAUUUGUCUUGGAGAGAAACUAUAGGAAGCAUCGAACUGACCAAUUUGGUUCAUAAUUUUUUAUAUUAUUCAACCAGAUGGACACCAGAGGUAGUUUUAAAAGCCCUCAAAGCUUUGAACAUUACAAUAACAAAGAACAUGACACCGAGUAUGGCCUUGUUAGUUGACAAUGUUCCAAAUUCAACUAUACUUGAUUUGGGGAGUAUGCUUUUUAAUAAAUGCUUCAGCAAUGAUCCUAAGGUGCGAGAUGCUGCAUUGACUGUUACUUGUACAAUAUGCCAAAAGGUGAAUAAAGGUUUUACUUCAUUCAAAGUAAUCUUACUUGAAUCAUUAAAUCAACAUUUAAUAUUGAAUAUGGCAUUGACCGAUUAUGAUCCAUGGGUACGUGCGACAGCUCUCAAAUGCCUUCAAGAAAUGAUAGUGAUGGAGGAACUAGGUGGUACUUUACUCAAUUCAGAUUUCAUUGACAAAAUUCUUCAAUUGGUAUCCAAAGAACAAGAACCGAUGGUUCUGAGAGAAGCCCUGACACUUAUACGACAGAUUUACCAAUGCGAAUUCAAUAGUGAAACGGAUAAUUUCAAAAUUUAUCAAGUGAUAACAAAAGUGGCACUGAGAGAGAAAAAUCCAGAUGUGCAAGAGCAAGCGGUCAAAUUUUGGGACAACGUUAUAAGGAAGUGUUUGGAGAAACAAGGCAUGUUUGAUGAUGUUUUCCCAAGUGUUAUUUUUUCGAAAGAGCUGAAAAAAAUUAUUAGAUUGGAUGAUAAGGAAAUCCGUAAAAGACUGUGUCAAACGUUGGAUUACAUGUCAAAGAGAGGUUGUUUUAGUAUUUUCCAGCAAAUUUUGGAAAACGAAAACACGCCGAAACAAGUGUUUAGUACCACAGUUGGAAUUAUUACUAAACUAUUAAGGUUAUUACAACAGUAUGAGGUAACUCCCGAAUUUAUACUAUUCAAUCAGACUUACCCAAAUCUUUGGUCGGUCCAAAGUAAUACUAUUCAGUCACCUUCGAACAUUGAGGAUGACCACAGCAUGCAGGAACUUGUCGAGGAAACAGUCAUGGAGAUGAUAAAUGGCCGUUUAUCGUUUAAUCAAAUGACACUUAUGGGAUCAGGCGCUUUUACUCCAGAAAGAGAUUCGGAACGUUCAUUCGGGCAAGUCAGCACUGUAGAUUUCAUGGAUUUUAUUUAUAGGAAAUUGCCGUACCUUACUAACAUAGAAGUUUAG